UGUAUGCGAGCGGCUUGAGUAAAUCUAUUUUCAUAUAUACGAUAUUUGUUGUUAAUCAUAUAAUGCAGAGAUUAACUCUUUAAACAAGAAAAUAAAUAAGUUCAGAAAUGUAGACCAACAGCGUCUGUUUAACUAAAGAAAAUAACUGAAGUAAAUAUGCUUUAAUAUAAAUUUCAAGCGUAUAGGUAAUUUAACCGAUAUGAAUAUCGUAUGUUCAAAUCGCAGGAAAACGACAGCGAUAUAGUGUUAAAUCAGUUUUGUUAAACAGAAAGUAGGCAGGUGGGAAAAGGAAGUAAAUUGUUCACAUCGAAACCAAAAACAUUGACAUCGAAUUACAAGAAACGAGAUUCAGAAUACAGCUUUAAUGUGGAAAUAAUGAGAAUUUCUAGGUAUCAACGAAACGAAUAAAUCAGGAAUGUUAAUUCACUUGGUGUACAAGGGUUAGAACUAAACCAUAUGAGAUACCAGCUUACAAAGCCCGCCCGCUUAGCUCAAUAGGGAAAGCGUAGAUCUACGGAUCUCGGGGUCGUGAGUUUGUGACCUGAGCGAGGCGAAUGUUCUCCGUGACGAUUUGAGAAAGACAUUGUGUCUGAAAUCAUUCGUCCUCCACCUCUGAUACAUCAGGAUCUUUUAUCGCACACAAAUCCAGAUUCAUUAUCCAUAAUGGUUGAGUAGUAUUCCUUUGAUAUUCACAACAAUGUCAGUUUUAGACGUGGCAUCAAAAACAGCCGAUGCGGCACGGUACAAGUAUGAUGUUUUCAUCGUUUACAAAACGGAUGAGGAUGAAGAUUUAGCAUUACAAAUAGACAAGGAACUGGAGAGGAAUUCCUUAAAGGUUAUAGCACAGUGGAAGCCUGAGGCCUUUCCUGCAGGGCAUCCGAUAUUUGAAAGUAUCGACAAGUGUGUUAAUAACUCUGCAAAAACAUUAGUUAUAUUGACAAAGCAGGCGUUGGAAAGCAAAUGGAUCAUAUUAGAAUUGAUUCAUACCAUUGAACAAUCAAAGCGGCGCAACGUGUUGACAUUAAGACUUCUUUUACACGGUGUAAACGACAAAGACGUAAAAUUUCUUAAACGAGGACUUCUAGCAUCUGUUCCACACUUUUCUUUAGACUUAAAGAAGGACGACUGGGCAGAAAGACUGAUAGAAAAUAUUCAGAAUGAAGUACCAUUACCGGAUAUUUUGCCUCUAGAAGGAAGCCUUGCACAUGGAUUAGUGUUUUCGCAUUAUUCUGGUUUUUUGUCAUACGUCCUACCAGUACUUAGAGAAACCAUAGAGAAGACCCGAAUAUAUCGUGACAUGCCACAUAACGUGUCAAGAAAGUAUUACAUUCUGUUGCCGGAAUCGUGCAGAAUUUACGACACUUUAGAGGGUUACGAUGAGGAAAAUCAAAUUCGCAUAGAAAAGGGGGAUAACACAGAAUUCAAGAGAAUGCAUGCAGGAAAAACAAGAACAUUUAAAAUAUCUAUAUACAAUAUUUCAAAGCAAACUGCAUCAGGAAUUGAGAGCUAUUAUUUCUUCGCUGACUUCCCGAAUGUUUUGAAAGCUAUGUACACAAUGAAUGAGAAAAGUUUAGUUAAACUUGACAUGCGUCUACAGCUGGCACGAUUCUGCCAUGUAUUAGGAGACGUAGUAAACCAUGCUGAAAAUGAAUCAUGCUUUGAUACAGUGAAGAUAGUCCGUUACGAUGAAAAAGUGACGACAAUGCAAAACGCUUUAUUUCAUGCUGUGAAAGGGAGUGUUGCCACAGAAGUCAGGGCAAACUGCCCUGGACAAGAUAUCAACAAUUCGUUGAAAGAAGAGGACGAGCAACCACUGGCAGAUAAAGAGACGAAUGCUCAGUAUGAUACUUCAGUAUCUUGUUUGCCAAAUUUGGAAAAAGAUGGUAAGGUAGCUGCCGAGAUCACCAGUUAUCUCCGCAGUAAAAAUAUAACAGUAUAUCUUGAUAAAGGAAACGAAAGGGAAUUUCAUAAGCACCCAGCAAAGUGGCAUAUUUUUGUGCUUUCAAAGCAAGUCGUGAUGGAACCUAACUCAUUGUUAGUUAGAUGUUCGAGUAUCCUCAAUGAUGGGUUGAGUAGUAAUUCAUUGGAUGUUCUACCAGUGAUUGUUGACAUAGCGCCAGUGGACGUUCCUCGGUAUAUCAAGUGGGUGACUUUAGUGAGUGCAUCAGAACCGAAGUAUUGCGAGAAGCUUUUAAUGUCAAUGAAAGGUGGUGUGGUAAGAAUGAGGCAUCGUCUGCCAUCGGGUGAUGUGGCAACAGGCCUGGCAUGGGCUUAUGUGAUCAACUAUCUAAGAAUAACACUUCUGUGUAGAUCAAAGCCAGAAAUUGGGAAUAUAGAUUUGAAAGCUCGGAUCGAAAAAUUCCUGGAUGAAAAGAAAAUACAAUGCGGAUGUAUAUUGAAAAUGUUUCCAGUUUUGCCGAAAUCAUGUACAUUGGAAGACGAUUUACAGUUAAAAGCAAACGAAGGGUUGAAGGAAGGUAGUGAGGUGAUAAAAUACCUAGGAAAGUUAGAGCCAGUGUAUCAGAAUACUGGUGGUCAGCUUGGGCGUCCAUUCUAUCUACAUGUUUAUAUGUAUACUGAUCGCAAAACUCAGAGGAGUGUUUGCUUCAUAGGGGAGUAUUUUACGCCUGGCAAUUGUUUGCAUGCGAUGGCAUACAGCUACCCUUUUGCUGGACUACAGAAUGAGGACAUGGUAACGCAGGGAGAACGGGUCGUAUAUCUUGUUUCAGAAAUAUUAGGACUUAAACCAGUUAAACAAGAACUCGGUGACAUGUCACAUCUUGUUAAAAUCAUCUAUUACGACGACAAACAAGAGUCACUGCUGUCGGCGCUCCAGAGACAUAUCCUGGAAGAGAGACAUGCUGAGGUGUACGCACCAAACAUAGUCAAAAUGACGUAGGAAUAUCGUCGUAUACUGCUGUACAUUUACAGGCGUCUCGAACGUAUGAUGGUAUAUGUCUGCCACGAGAUAACUAGGUAGCUAUCGCUAUACUUAAGAGGGGUAUCAGUAGUCAAAUGAUCUCUAGAUUUACAUCAUAAUCUCGAUACGUUUUGCGUAAAUGCGCCAAGCUUCCAUUCAUUCGCUAGAUACCAUCUCGAUACUUUCAGAAACUAUCUUGAUAUUUCAAACAGUUCUUAAAAAGCAUAUCUGGGAACAAUGAUUUUCAGAAAAAUAUACAACUUUUCUUGGAAGUUUAGAAUAUUAAAGCCUCUCGUGCGUUUUCAAGCAUGAACGCGAAAUUUUGCGCUUAAGCAUUUUCAGGAACAGUUAGAAUAUCUAGAAAGUAUUAUUUCUGAAAUGUUUACAGAAAACAAUGCACACAGUUCCUUGAAAGUUUACAUUAGUAUCGUGAUCGCUACCUCGUGGCAGAAAUAUGCCACAACAUAAACUUCUUGCAUGGAACUGUUAUAAAUCAUCUGUUUAAAUGUGACAAUAUUCUUCAUUUAAACUUAUUAUGCCGUAUGAAGAUUUAUAACAAUGUAAAUAUUUGUAUGUUUCUUUCUUUCAAGAUUCAUUUAUUUAAUUUUUUGUAACAGUAUUACAUGCAUAAACAUUAAGAUUUUUAAUAUAUAGCAUUUCAUUUUUUAACAUCAUACAUGCAUAUUUUUAACAUAUCGUCUAUCAAAUUGAAUACUCUGGCAAAAAUUAAAAGUACUGUUUACAUGAAGAAAAUGGCAACAGUAACCUAAAGCAUUAUGCGGGGAGUGAGAAUUUUGUAAAAAAUAAUUUACAGGAGCUGCAAUAUUUACAGAAAAUAUGAAACAAAUUUUAUCGCAAUCAGCAGUUAGGUGUUUUAAGAUACAAAAAAUCUAUAAAGAAACAUUAAUUCAUAAUAAAUUGUUAAUUUAUUAAAGAUAUAUUAUAACCAUCUUUCCCUAAAAUAUUUGUUCAGUAUAGAUAAUAUUAAUCUGACUCUCGACAGAAAUGUUUAAAUUUGAUAGACAUACAAAAGCUAUUUAUGUAUAUCUGUAUCGCAAUUAAGUCUACUUCAUCACCACACCAGCGUGACAGCUGUAAAAAGUUUCCACAUACAUUCAGUCAGAACUGUAACAGUUACUUUUCGACCUUUCCAGAUCUUUCAGCACAACAUAUGUUGUGUAAGUGGUACCGUUUAAAAUUUCAUGUUGGGUGGUUCCGAUACUCCCGCUUUCAUAGUUUUGGGUAUGAUGUCUGUUUCUAAAUUUUGUCUGUUCUACAGUUUUUGUGAUAUGCAGGCUCCAUAGCCUCGAAUCCCUCUCUUUUAGUUCUGUCCAUUGUUUUCUUGUUUAGGGCUAGACCUUUAUUUCAUCUGGGGACCAUACGCUCCUUUUCACGGAAUGGAAGAUUGCAGUUGUAGAUGUUUUUAGUAUUUGAAAUAUGUGCAAAUUUUGAGAUCAGCUCAAACAUGAACAGGCUCAAUCAAAGCGAUCAUUUUUGUUGUGUUUGACAGCUAGUAAUUCGAGUGUUUUGUGCUAAGGACAGUGUUUCUACUGCAAUAGCAAAUAUAUCAGAAGCUUUAUUAAUGUUGUAGGAAGGGUCUAUUAUAAUGUGUUAAUUACAUAUAUUAAGGUAAGUGCGUCAAAAGACAUUGGACGCGGGGGCAUAUAUUAGGUUGUAGAUCUGGAAGGACGUCUGUGAAAUAAUACAAAUACAAAUACAUGGCAUUUAUAUAGCGCAAAAAUUAUAAAAUAUUCUAUUGCGCUUUACAAUUACAUAACACACAUUUAACAUAUAUACAUACAAAAUAUGAACAGGAUUCUAGAACUUAGAUUUAAAGAUUUGGACAUAUAUAAAUACUAUUUUACACCACUUCUGAAUAUUUUGUAUUUUAACAAGACUACACUCAUUGUUCAUAAAACUGCCUAAAUAAAUGUGUUUUCAGUUUUGAUCUAAAGCUGGCUUCAGACUGAAUGUUUUUCAGAUAGCUAGGCAGAUCGUUCCACCAUUUGGGACCAAUGACUGCCAUAGAUCUGUCUGCUAGUUUUGUUCGCCGUCUAGGGAUGUUAAAGUUAGUGUCACUUUGUGAGCGAAGUCUGUAUCGUUGUCGAGUAGGUACAAACAUUUCCCUCAGAUAUACUGGAGCUGUACCAUUGAUGACACGGAAGACUAUUACUAAAACUUUGAACAUGACUCUAGCCUUAACUGGAAGCCAGUGUAAUUCUUUCAGAAGUUCGGUACUUGGUUUUUCAUAGGAAACAUUCUUGACUACUCUAGCGGCAUAAUUUUGGACUCGCUGAAGUUUAUUGAUUUGGUAGGCUGGAAUUUCUGUAAAUAAACUGUUGCAGAAGUCAAUGUGAGAAUGAACCAAUCCAUGCACUAAUGAUUCAGUUGACUUCUGUGUGAGAUGUUUCCGUAUAGCCCUAAGGUUUCGUAACUGUGCAUGAGCUAUCUGACACUUUUUCUGAAUGUGAUGGUCAAAGUUGAGUGUAUUGGUCAUAGUUACACCUAGGUCUCUGACGUGAUCGAUGCAUUUUACGUCACACCCACCAACGUUUACACUUGUGAUGUCCAAUUUCGCUAACUGUUGUCUUGUUCCAUACAUAAUAAUUUCAGUUUUAGACUGAUUCAUUUUCAGUUUGAAGGUUGUCAUCCAUUUUAUGAUUUCAUUUAGACAACUGUCGAGUUGUUGAAGAACAGUUGUCUCAUUUUGAGAAUUUCCCGCUUGAAUUUUUAACGCAAUCUUGUGGUCGUCCGCGUAUCCAUAGAGAUCAUAUGAAUAUCUUUAAAUUUUAUUUACACAUUCAUAUCCGGCAGUUAAAUGUUUUAGAGCAACUACGAACAGUGCAUAAUGUAUGAUCUCCCUUGUAAUCAGGACAAAAUGCCUGUAAAUAUUUUUCCCGUGCUACAAAUUUUCCACGUUCUUUCUUUUUCACAAAAUUGAAAGAUAAUUACACUGAAGGAAACUAUCGAAAAUGUGGCGGCUAUAAAAAGUCUGCCUGUAUUUGGCCUCGAUAAUAUUUUCUGGUUCUAUACAUUCAUUCGUACGCUAAAGCUGGUGCUGGGGGUAUUGCACAUUUCAUUACCUCUCAUGAACAGACUCAAUCAAAUAGAUACCGCUACUUUCCUGCUUGGUUGCAUUCUGUGAUUUCAAUGGAUCUUCUCACAGAUUGUAUUUAAAAGUAAACAAAUGAACGGUAUUGAUACGUUGUAUAUGCAUUUAGAUUAAGAUGCGACUUGCUGGUAGUAAGUUUAAAAAUAUUUUAUACAUUUAUUGCGUGAUAGCAUCAGACAUGGUGGUCGAUUACUGAUAUGUGUAAUCGAUUAUUAAUUGAUUACAUGCAUGGACAUAUUUGGUGUAAUCGAUUAUAUCAAUUACUUUCAUUUGGGUCUGUAAUCGAAUACUUUGAGUAAAGUAAUCAUGAUUACAAAAUGAUUACAUUUGAUUACUCGAAUUUAUUCAACUGUGAAACUUAUAAACAUGACAGUAUACCUGUUAAUUGCAAUGCAGUACAAUUAUAUAUAUAUGCAAAGUAGAGCAUAAAUGCUAUUAAGUAUAUUGUGCUUUUACUUAUAUAAAGCAGCAAAGUUUCUGGAUCACGCAUUUAUUGUGUGAUAGCAAUCAUAGUAUAGGUUGUUGGGUGAACAUCUUGCUAAGCAUGUUAAAAUCACGUGGGUAUUAAAGUCUAUACACCAUUUAGUAGAAAAGUAGUAGUAGUAGCAUUUUUAACUUUGGCGAUGUCUAGCUUCAUUAUUGGUACAGUAAUGGCAAAAUAUGCGAUUGUCAAUUCAGUCUCCGGAAAUUAAAAUUUUUCUAAUGAUUAAGUAAUGUGUUAUGUCUAUUUUAUAGUGAAGUGUGUAAAAUGAAAGCAUUUAGAAACCUUAUUAGACAUAUGAUUAAACAAA